AGAUGGAAUAUUCGGCGGACGAUGUCACGGCGGCCAGAAGUUUGCAGCUCUUAGCGUACUUAUACGCGUCAAUGGCGACGUUCUGGAUCUAUGACUAUAUUUGCUCACUUUACGAAGAGUGGACAUUCCUACUUCGGUCGCGCUGGACCAAAGUAAAAGCCCUUUAUAUCAUUACGCGAUAUGUCCCUUUUUUGAUCCCCAUCGUGAACCUAUAUCGUGCGUUCAUCCCAGUAUAUAUUCCCCCAACUCAAUAAAUUGGCAUACUGUCGUUUCAGUGGCCGUGGC